AUGUCCCAGGCAAUAUCUAUAGUUUUCACCUCUGUGAAGUUCAUAUGCCCAAAUCCCAAUGUAAUCUGGAAGAAGCCAGAUUUGCUAAAGAAUCGAAACUUUGAUGGGUCCAGCGCAAAAGAAUCGUCGGGUAAACAGGCUGGUUGA